ACAAACAAACCAAUCGCAGAGAAGCGCCUCCUUUUGAAAAUUCCCCAAUUUUUGAAUGACUUUUUCUCUCUCUAAAAAGCAGCGAUUUCUUUUUUAUUUUUUCUAAAUUUCAUUUGAAUUUUCCAGCUUCGAUCGUCUUCUUCUUUCCUGAUCAAAGUUCAGACCAGGUUCUUCCAUUUAAAGUUUGAUUCUUGAGACUGUUACUGAUUCAAUGCCUUCGGCUGUUUCGCCGCGGUGGCAAGAGAAGGCUACUGGUUUCUUUUCUACCUCAGGGGUGAAGAUUAAGGAAGCUGGACAAACUGCUGGGACAUUUGUUGAGGAGGUCACUAAGGAUGCUAAAGUUAAUGUGUCUGAUAUGGCAGGACGAGUUGGGUCAAUGUUCAAGAGUCGAUGGGCAAUUCUUCAGCAGCCGUCGACUAGACAAGCUGUGCAGGAGCGCCUUAUAACUGCUGCUGCUACGACUGGUACAUUGUUCAGGAAGGGAUUGUCGGAGACAAAGGACAAGGUUUCGGUUGGGAAGAUAAAAGUUGAAGAGGUGGCAAAGAAGACUGCCCAAAAAAGCAAAACCAUUCUGACUGACAUUGAAAGAUGGCAGAAGGGUGUUGCAAGCACUGAUGUUUUUGGAGUUCCGAUUGAAGUUACUGUGCAACGGCAACAAUCUAGCAGGCCUAUUCCUCAUAUUUUGGUGAACUGUGCAGAUUAUCUCAUAUUAUCAGGGCUAAACACACCAUAUCUGUUUAAAGGCGAGGGAGAUAAAAAAGUUAUCCAACAAUUGAUUUCGAUGUAUAACCAAGAUUCAAAUGCAUCAAUACCAGAGGGUGUAAGUUCAAUAGAUGUAGCGGCUCUAGUCAAAUGUUACCUAGCUACCCUUCCUGAGCCACUAACCACACUUGAGCUUUAUAACGAGAUCAGAGGUGCUCGUUCUAGCAUAAAUGCAAUGAGAAACACACUGAAGAAGCUUCCUACUGUAAACUACACAACACUGGAAUUUAUUACUGCACUACUGCUGCGUGUUAGCCAGAAGUCAGUUCUUAACAAGAUGGACACCCAAAGUCUUGCAAUGGAGAUGGCCCCUGUUAUAAUUUGGCAGAAGGGUCGGGCACCAGACCUGUAUAAAAAGUAUUGGAAUCAACCAUUUAAAGGUCUUUCCAAGAAAAACUCGGAUCCAGAGCCUACUUAUAGUGCAUGGGACAUGCUUUCUGAUGAAGGUGAUACUGUAGAUGAUUCCAUUCCCUUGGAUGAUGGAGUGCCUAUUGACUUGGGCGCCAUCGAGGUUGUUCAGUGUCUCAUGGAACAUCACAAUGCGAUUUUCACAGAUGCGAACGAAACAGUCUGGAGGUGACAUCAUGAAUUGCCCUUGUUUCCUCUGACAGCAUCUAAUUCAACUGAAAUUUAUCAAGACGGAAAGCUUUGGUUGAGAUGGCUGCUGGACAGUAGAGGUUAUGUUCUUUGCCAAUCCCAAAAAUGGUUCAGUUUUCUCUCUAUUUGGAUUUUGGGGUAUGGCAAAGCGUGAAUUACUUGCGUGGAAAGGAAAUUUACUGUGUCAUUACUGUUUUUAGUUUGAGUGCUUGGUCUGCAGCACUGAAAAUCCUGCAAAUAAUACAGAAUUGGAUGUGUGAUGAGUUUUGUCUAUAUUAUUUUACUCUGGGAAGUUAGUUUCUAACUUA